CCGAUCCCUUAGUUGUGGACGCUGCUGACGAAGUCGUGCAGCAACAUGCCCGCUACCACCUACUUGUACGGAUGGGGGCCCUCUUGUUCAUGGACAGGUCUGCGGACCGGGUCUCACUGCUGCCUCUGCAGUUGCUCAACCCAGUCAGCAAUGCGAGACGGUAUAGCUGGGGUAGUGCAGCAUUGGCCUGGCUGUAUAGGCAACUUUGUGGUGCAUCGAAGAAGGAUGCGAUGCAGAUUGGAGGAGCACUCUUGUUGGUGCAGCUAUGGGCCUAUUCAAGGUUCCCACAAUUAUGCCCUGUUGUGAGGCCGCCUCUACCGCCAGUGCACUCAGGGCCCCUUGCCAUUAGGUGGAGCGGGCCAAAAUGCACCGCAGAGCAUGCCACACACGUCCUUGCUGCGUACCGGGCGUCACUGGCUACAGUACGGGCCGAGCAGAUUGUAUGGGAGCCGUACACGCAUACGCUAGGCUCCCUACCUGCGUAUUGCACUGCUGGGCAGCAUAUUUGGAGGGCCGAGGUGCCGUUGAUAUUCUUUUGGAUAGUGGAGUGGCAUCAUCCUGAGCGAGUCCUCCGUCAGUUUGGGAUGAAGCAACCAGUUCCAAGUGUCGUGGAUACGUCGACUACCCUUCACAAGAUAUCCCUUCAGGGUAAAUGAGAGAAGAACUGGGAGGUAGAACAUGAUCCCUUUAUUCGGCAAUGGGCCAACCGAGUGAAUGUAGUUCGCGGGUCCGAUCUCCUAGACGAUGAUGAUACGUAUCUCGUUGAGUACAUGAUGUGGUACAAUCGCCACACAAGGCGGUACAUAACACCAGAGUCUGCGUAUUGGGAACUCAUGGUUCGGACGAUGAUUAGGUCUAUACCGAGGUGCGAUGAAGGUUCUGACAUGCACACUGACCUUACAUUUACACUAGAGCUUGUGGAGGAGCUAGGCCGACUUAAAUUGGCGAAUGCGCUUGUAGAAGCAGUUGACAU